AUGGACUUUGACCUGAGGAGGAUUCUGGUGAUGAAGAAUGGUGAUCCUGGCAAUAAACCUGCAAUGACCUGUACAUCUCACUCUGAUAAUGAUACUGAAACAAAAACAGCAGAAACAUUUGUAGAAAACAUUAUUGUCAGAGCUGUAAGAGAAGUGGAAGGAGAUGAGGUACACCAUGAUACUAAAGAUGAGUGUGCAGUUGCAACAGACGAUUUGUGUCAAGAUGCAGGUCAAGAAGAUGAGUCUGAAAACAAUGAAGGAGAAGAAGCAGUCAAAGAAUUAUCAAAGGAAGAAGCAACAACUGAGGAUGAGACUGAUGUAAAACGAGAGAUUGCUGCAGACGAGUCGAAGGAAGAGACUGAUAAAGCCACCACUGCUGAAGAUAAAAAUGCAGAAGAGGAUGAUGUGGCAACAACUGAAAAUGAAUCUGACAAAGAUGAGGCUGUGGAAGCAGUUGAUCAUGAUGAAGAGAUUCCUGCCACAAGUGCAGAUGAGUCUGAAGAUGAGGACGAUGCCACAACAUAUAAAUUGUCAAAAGAAACAGCUGAAAUAGAAACAACUGAAGAUGAGCUUGUUGUAGAAAAGGAGACAGCUGUUACAGGUGAGGAAGAACUUCAGGAAGAGGCUGCUGAAGCCACCACAGCUGAAGAUGAAAAUGUAAGUGAACAUGAGUCUGACAAAGAUGAGGCUGUGGAAGAAGGGACAGUCGAUGAUGACGAGGAGAUUGAUGGGGAUGAGAACGAUGACGCAGCCACAGCUGAUGAAUUGUCAAAAGAACCGGCUGAAGAAGCAGAAACUGAAGAUGAGAUGGCAGCAGAAGAGACUGCCGUGGUAGCAUCUGAAAAUGAGUCUGACAAUGAAGAAGCUGGGGAAGAAGACAUUCUGGCCACCACUGCUGAUGAGUCUGCAGAUGAGAACAGUACCACGGCCACAGCUGAUAAUGAAUCAUCUAAGGAAACUGAAAAAGCAGAAAUUGAAGGUGAGAUUGAGAAGGAGGGUGCUGGCACAAGUGAAGAUGAAUCGCAUGAAGAGGCUGCUGAAGCCACCGCGACUGAAGAUGAAAAUGCAGUAGAUGUGGCAGACACAACUGCACAUGAAUCUGAACAUGAAGAGGCUGUGGCAGCAGAGAAAACUGAAGACGUUAAAGAGACUGCUGACACCAGUGAUGAUGAUUCUGCAGAGAGUUUAGAUGCCACCACCAAUGAAGAUGAAACUGCAGAGGAGAAUGAUGCAACAGGUGAUGAAUUGUCAAAGGAACCUGCUGACGAACCAACGACUGAAGAUGAGCUAGUUGUAGAAAAGGAGAUUGCUGUUACGAGUGAGGAUGAAUUUAAGGAAGAAGCUGCUGAAGCCGCCACAGCUGAAGAAGAAAAUGCAGAAGAGACCACUAUGGCAACGCCAGGUGAACAUGAAUCUGACAAAGAUAAGGCUGUGGAAGAAGGGGCAGUUGACUAUGAUGAUGGUGAUGAUGAGGAUAUUGAUACGAGUGCAGAUGAGUCUGAAGAUGAGAACGAUGACACAACUGAUGAAUCGUCAAAAGAGCCAGCUGAAGAAGCAGAAACUGAAGAUGAGAUGGCUGUAGAGAAAGGGAUCACAAGUGAAGAUGAAUCAAAGGAAGAGAUUGCUGAAGAUGAAAUUACAGCAGAAGAGACUGCUGGGGAAGCCACAACUGAAAAUGAAUCUGACAAUGAGGAAGAUGUGGAAGAAGAGUCAAAGAUAGAGCUUGCAGAGGAUGAAAAUACUGCAGAAGAUUCUCAUGUGGCAGUCACAACUGAAGAUGAACCUGACGAGGAUGAACCUGCCGCAAACGAUGAAGAUGAAAGUGCAGGCACUGAUAAAACUGGAGAUAAAAGUGCUGUAGAAAAAUAUUUUAAUGUCACAAGUGAACAUGGAUCUGAUGACGAAGAGGCUGUGGAAGCAGGGACAAUUGAAGAUGUGCAAGAAACUGUUGCUGAAGAAGGUUCUGCAGAAGGCACGGAUGCCACCACAGAUGAUAAUGAAACUACAGAGGAGCAUGAUUACACAAUCAAAGCUGAUGGAUUGUCAAAAGAACCAUCUGAAGAUGAAGAUGAGGUUGCAAUGGAAAAAGAGGGUGCUACCACAGAUGAGGGUGACACCAAGGAGGAGACUGCCACGGAAAAAGAAGAUGUGGGUGAAGAGGAAAUCAGUGAAGCUGAUAAUGAACCAAAUGAAGAGGAGAUGGAAGAAACCACAGAACUUGUGGAAAAGGAUGAUAAUGAAGCUGAAUCUGCAAUAGAAGAAAGCUCCAAAGCUGUCACUGAAAAUGAAUCAGAGGAAGAGAGCGAUAAAUCAGCCAUAGAUGAAAAUGAAUCAGUAAAUAACACAACAGAUGCCAAUGAGACUGCAGGAGAAGAUGACAGUGUAGGAGAAGAUGAAAAUGCAGAAGAGGCUGAAGAGCCUAGAAAUGAAAAUGAGACUCUAAGUGAGGCAGAACAUGCUGAAGUGGCAUCAGUUGAAGAGCUCCAUGACACAGUGUCAGAUUUUGUUCAAGAAGAAGAAAGAGGUAAAGAGGACGACAAUGACAAUGACAACGAGGAACUAGACGAAGGUGAAACAACUGGAGACGAAUCUGAAGAGGCAGGAAGUGAUGGGGAGGAAUGUGCUGAAAAUGAAAGUGCUACAGAGUCUGGAGCUACAUGUGAACGUGAAACAGCAGAAGAAGAAUCGGGAGAGCUUGAAAUGACAGGGAAUGAGAUUACUGAGAGUGACGGUGGAGAAGAAUGUGGAGCAGAAGGUGCAUCUGCAGAAGAUAACAGACAGCAACUUACAGAAGGAGAAGAAGAUAGUGACGUGACUGAAGACCAUCAAGAAGAUGCCAUUACUGAGACAAAUGAUGAAACAGAAGGGCCCGAUGAUGUGGUGGAGCUAAGACCAGAUGAGGAUGCGGAGGAAUUAUCAGAAAACAGUGGCGAAAACAUACCAGUGGAAGAUGGAGAUGAAGAUAAUAAGGAACAAGGAACAAAUGUAACACUAUGUGAAUGCAUUAACAUCACCAAUGGAAGCCAUGAUAAUGAUGAAGAUGUCGGAGUCUCCGAAAAAGAGGAGGAGGAAACUGAGGCAGCCAAUGAAGACUGGAAAGGAAACCAGGGAGAUUCAGCUGAUGGAGAAGAUGAGGCAGAGGAAGAUUCAGACGAACCGGAGGAAGAAAGUGAUCGUGGAGAGCAAGAUUUGGUCCCAAACAAAACGAAUAAUCAAGAGGCGGAUACAGGAGCAGCUAAGAAAAUGACAUUAAUCACACUUGAUACCGUGCUCAAAGUGAAUGCAGAAUCUGAGGAUGGCGCUUAUGCUGAUGUUGAGGAUUCUGAGACUGAAAUAAACAGCCAAGAAGACGCAAGAAGCCUCGAGUCAAAAACUUAUAUUUCAUCAUAA